AUGGGAAGAUCUCCAGCUUCUUCUUGUCUCCGUAUCAUCGCUUGCUCCGGUGGUGAUGAUGCUACCGAACCUACUGCUAACAACGCCUUCAACGAGAACAAGAGCUCUGGUGAUAAGCGUGGAUGGAGUUUCAGGAAGAAAUCUGGGAAACAACGAGGGUUAAUCACUAGUGUAGUCUCUGAAACUACUCCUCCUUCAAGGACAAGAGAAACUCUUGAAUCUGCUCUACUUAAAUCCCCAUCUCCUGACCAUAACAAUGUCUCUGAUGACAAGAAGAGCCAAUUACCUCAUGUUACCUAUGUGGUGGAUGAGAAAAAAACUCGGUCUCCUGAGGACAAACCGGAGUUGUCGGUGGUGGAGGAACAGAUUGACCAUGGAACUGAGGCGCCUGUUCUUGUGGAAUCAAAAGGGACUGAGACUGAGGAUGUUGGAAACGAAUCUCAAGUUAAAUCAGAAGGACCUAUAGCUGUUGAUGCAUCUGCGAUAGAGAAAGACAUCACUCCCGAGGUUGAAAUUGUUAGUAAGGUUGAACUGGACGAAUCUGAAACCGAUGAUGUGAUCGAAAUCAGAAAAGAGAAUGAUGAAGAAGAAGUUAAAGAGAAGUUGGAUGAGUCUGUCAUCAUUAUCAUCCAAGCUGCCAUACGCCGUUUUUUGGCGCGAAGAGAACUUGUGAGGCGCAAGAAAGUUGUUAAACUUCAAGCUGCAGUUCGUGGCCACCUGGUUAGGAACCAGGCCAUGGGAUCACUGCGUUGUGUGCAAGCUAUUGUCAAAAUGCAGACUCUAGUUCGUGCUCGUCAUUCCUCUAAAGAUGGUAGCCGUGUUUCAGCAAACUCGGAUAAGGCGGAAACAAAUGCAUCUGCACAAAAACUUCUCGAAAAUAAGUUUGCUAAGCAUCUAAUGGAGUCAACUCCUAAGUCGAAACCUAUCAGCAUUAAGUGUGAUCCAACAAAGCCUAGUUCUGCUUGGAACUGGUUGGAGAGGUGGAUGUCUGUUUCAAAACCUGAGAAGACUUCAAAAGCAGAUUUGGCAACGGAAGAGCAACAGUUUGAAGAAGCUCAGAAUAUCAAAGUGUCAUCUGAAGUUGACUUGGUGAACUCUGACCCAACGUUAGAGACCGAGACUGAAACUGAUUUCUCAAGCUAUGGAGCAAGUAAGGUAGAAGCUCAUCAUGUGGAGUUAUCGGAGACAGAGAAAAUGAGCCAAUAUGAUUCACCAGAAGCAUCUGCCGAAGUUGAUCACGACUUGAUCCAGUCUCAUCCACUUGCUGCUAAGGAUCCAGAUUCUUUGCUUGAAGAGUCUGAAUAUGUGGAUGAACAGCCUAAACCUUCUCUGAAGCGCAAGGCUAGCAAUCCUUCUUUCAUUGCUGCACAGUCAAAGUUUGAGGAGCUAACUUCAUAUCCAAACAAAGCAAUGACUCUGUCUUCUAAAGAUGGUGUUUUGGGUGAAGAAGGCAAAACAGAUACGGAUUUUUUAGAGGCUGACACUACGAAUACUAAAAGAGGUCACUUUGUGGAAGAUGUUGCUCAAGCUGAGCUCGGUGGAUCUGAGUGUGGCACCGAACUCUCUGUAACUUCUUCUCUUGAUACACUGGACAAGAAGUCAGACGCUGAGGGUGCAGAGCCCAAGGUUGAGGCUAAGCUUUUAGAGGAUGACACCCUGAAAACCGACCAAGCUGAGUUGAUAGAAAUUGAUGUCAAAGAUGAAACUCCACCGAGCACUGUAGAGGACCCAAAGGAGAAAGUUGAGAAUGUCGAGGAUGAAGUUGAAAUCUCCGCGACACAGCAUGAAUCGGUAAUUAGUACACCAGAUUCUAAGAAGAGACAGGCAGAAGGUGAGUUAGAGCCUCAAGCUUACCAGUUAUCUCAGGAAGCUUCAACUCCGAUGACAAUCACUGAAUCUCAGGCAACACCGUCCAGUCAAGCAUCUUCUUCAGUUAAAGCAAGAAAGGGAAAAUCCGAAAAGAGUGGUUCGAGCCAAAAGCGGAAAGUUAGCAAGAAAAUAACAUCAAGCCCGAAACAGGAAACUGGUACCGGUGAGACUAAUACUACAGAACAAGAAGAAGGGAAAGAACAGAAAAGCGGGAGAAGAAAAUCUUUCGGGCUUGAUCAAGAAGCAAGAGAUAGCAGUGGAGGCAAGAACUCUCUUCCUCGGUUCAUGCAGCCAACACAGUCGGCGAAAGCUAAGGUUCAAGAACAUAACUCACCAAGAUCAAGCCCUGACCUUCAAGAAAGAGAAGUUGCAGCCAAGAAGAGACAUUCAUUGCCUGUUGCUGCCAAUGGGAAACAAGGUUCUCCUAGAAUUCAACGGUCUGCGUCUCAAGCACAACAAGGAACUAAAGACAAGUCCUUAACUCUAGUUUCAGACACAACCAAAGUGAGAGAAGUGCAGAGGAAGAGCGAAGAGUGGAGGAUAUAG